AGACCAAACCUUGUCGUUCUCUCUGUUUCUCCGCAAGAGAAAAACAAGCAAUCCUUUUCCCUCUCCCAACGAUCUAAGCUUCCUCUAAUUUCUCUUCUCCUCUCUCAAUCAAACUUAUCUUCAAGUAAUCAUGUUUAUAAAUAAUAUCUUCUUCGUUUCUGAUUAUCCCAAUCCAAGUAACCUCUCCACUCUCAAAUCUUCCUCUCUUCUUCGUGUUCCUUCCGAUUCACCGGAAAUUACAAACAACCCAAAAUGGAUUCCCACGGGAAAACCCAUCAUGAAGACGCCUCUCCGAAUCUCAUUCCCUUGUCAAAGUACUCGAACCGAGUCGAGUUAAAGACUCUCCUCGAACGGAGCGACGGCGGCGCAGGUUUCGUCGAGAAAAGGGUCGUCGUCGGUGGAUGGGUGAAGUCCUCUAGAGCCGUAAAGAAAGAAUCUUUACCGCCGGUUUUCGUCCCUCCGCCGUCGAGCGGCGGGAGUCAGGCUUCUCCGACGCCCAGCUUCAGCUGCACGGAGAUAAUCAACUCGAAGAUGAAUAUUUUCAGAAAAGUUUUCGAUGUCUUGAGCGGCGGCGGAAAGACUUACCCGAUCUUCGAGAAACACGACCUCGCCGGUCAGAAGGCCUCGUCACCGCCGGAGUAUAUAAUUCACUUCCAGAUCAAUGAUGGCUCCUCCGUCUCCACUCUCCAGGUUAUUGUUGAUUCUGUGUUGUCGAGUGUUCCAGCCACUCAGCUUAUGUCUCUAGGGACAUGUAUUGUUGCAGAAGGUGUGUUGAGACAACCAUUGGCUGCUUCUGCAAAACACGUUAUUGAGCUUGAAGCAGAGAAGCUUCUUCAUGUAGGAACAGUGGAUCCUGACAAGUAUCCACUGUCCAAGAAACAGCUUCCUCUCCAUAUGCUUAGAGACCACUCUCAUUUCAGGCCCCGCACAACUACGGUUGGGUCGGUGACUCGAGUCCACAGUGCAUUAACUUUAGCGAGCCACACGUUUCUUCAAAACAAUGGGUUUCAGUAUGUUCAAGUACCAGUCAUCACAACCACUGGAGCUGGCGAGAUGUUUAGAGUCACUACUCUUUUAGGUGAAGAUGAUGAUAAAGAGGAGAAGAAACAUGUCAAUGAAAAAGAUGGAGUCAGCAUUGACACAGUUAAGGCUGCGGUAAAGGAGAAGACUAGGCUAAUUGACCACCUUAAGAGGACUGACAGCAACAGAGAAGCUGUGGUUGCUGCCGUACACGACUUGAAGAAAACGAGCGAUCUUGCAUCUCAGCUUGAGAUGAAACAAAGACCAAAGGCAUCAGCAACUCUGAUCAAACCUGAGAAGGUUGAUUUCUCGAAAGAUUUCUUUGGUUGUGAGGCUUAUCUGACUGUGUCUGGGAGGCUUCAUCUUGAGAGCUAUGCUUCUGCACUUGGAAAAGUCUAUACCUUUGGACCGAGAUUCAUAGCUGAUAAAAUCGACAGUACAAGGCAUUUGGCUGAGAUGUGGAAUGUGGAGACUGAGAUAGCUUUCUCUGAAUUAGAUGAUGCUAUGGAUUGUGCUGCUGAAUUCUUCAAGUUCCUGUGUAAUUAUCUUCUGGAAAAUCGUCACGAAGACAUGAAAUUCAUAUCUAAACGAGUAGAUAAGACCAUCACCAUACGUAUUGAAGCAACAGCGUCUAGUUCUAUUUUGAGGUUCUCUUAUAGUGAAGCGAUUAGUGUUCUACAAAAGGCAACCACUAGGACAUUCGAAACCAAGCCUGAGUGGGGCGUUGCUUUAACAGAGGAGCAUCUCAGUUACCUAACUGAUGAGAUCUACAAGGGUUGUGUAAUUAUACAUAGCUACCCGAAAGAGGUUAAACCGUUUUACACACGGUUGAAUGACGAUAAGGAGACUGUAGCAGCAUUUGAUCUGGUCGUACCAAAGGUUGGGGUUGUGAUCACUGGGAGCCAAAACGAAGAACGGUUUGAGAUUUUGGAUGCGAGAAUCAGUGAAUAUGGAUUGACAACAAAGGAGAAGUACGAGUGGUACUUAGAUUUAAGGAGGCAUGGGACAGUGAAGCAUUCUGGAAUAAGUUUAAGAAUGGAGCAUAUGCUUCUGUUUGCCACAGGACUUCCAGAUAUUAAAGACGCAGUUCCUUUCCCUAGAAGUUGGGGCAAAGCAAAUAACUAAAGCAGCUUCAAGGUUUUAUGUAGAGACACAACAUCGUUAUGUAAUCUAUGUAAUCACACUUGGCGCAAAAAAUAAUUGUAACCCAAAAUGUUUAUUAUGAUUAUGAAGAUUGUAUAUUUUGGAAGAAAGCAUUAUCAA